AUGGCUUCUGCAUCAACUUCUAAAUAUAAUUCACACUCCUUGGAAAAUGAGUCUAUUAAGAGGACUUCUAGAGAUGGAGUCAAUCGGGAUCUCAGUGAGGCUGUUCCUCGACUUCCAGGAGAAACUCGCAUUACUGACAAAGAAGUUAUUUACAUAUGUCCUUUCAAUGGCCCCAUUAAGGGAAGAGUUUACAUCACAAAUUAUCGUCUUUAUUUAAGAAGUUUGGAAACGGAUUCUGCUCUUCUUGAUGUUCCUUUGGGAGUGAUCUCAAGAAUUGAAAAAAUGGGAGGCGCCACAAGUAGAGGAGAAAAUUCCUAUGGUCUAGAUAUUACUUGUAAAGACAUGAGAAAUCUAAGGUUCGCAUUGAAGCAAGAAGGCCACAGCAGAAGAGAUAUGUUUGAGAUUCUCACGAGAUACGCCUUUCCUCUGGCCCAUAGUCUGCCAAUAUUUGCAUUUUUAAAUGAAGAAAAGUUUAAUGUGGAUGGAUGGAUGGUUUAUAAUCCAGUUGAAGAAUACAGAAGGCAGGGCUUGCCCAAUCACCACUGGAGAAUAACUUUUAUUAAUAAGUGCUAUGAACUGUGUGACACUUACCCUCCUCUCUUGGUGGUUCCAUUUCGUGCCACAGAUGAAGAUCUAAAGAGAGUUGCAACUUUCAGAUCCCGAAAUCGAAUUCCAGUGCUGUCAUGGAUUCAUCCAGAAAACAAGACAGUCAUUGUGCGUUGUAGUCAGCCUCUCGUCGGUAUGAGUGGUAAACGAAAUAAAGAUGAUGAAAAAUAUCUUGACGUCAUCAGGGAGACGAACAGACAAAUUUCUAAACUCACAAUUUAUGAUGCAAGACCCAGUGUCAACGCAGUGGCCAACAAGGCAACAGGAGGAGGAUAUGAAAGUGAUGAUGCAUAUCAUAACACUGAGCUUUUCUUCUUGGACAUUCAUAACAUUCAUGUUAUGCGGGAAUCUUUAAAAAAAGUCAAAGACAUUGUUUAUCCUAAUGUGGAAGAAUCUCACUGGUUGUCCAGUUUGGAGUCGACUCAUUGGUUAGAACAUAUCAAGCUUAUUUUGACAGGAGCCAUUCAAGUAGCAGACAAAGUUUCUUCAGGGAGGAGCUCUGUGCUCGUGCACUGCAGUGAUGGAUGGGACAGGACUGCCCAGCUGACGUCCUUGGCCAUGCUGAUGUUGGACAGCUUCUAUCGGAGCAUCGAAGGGUUUGAGAUAUUAGUACAAAAAGAAUGGAUAAGUUUUGGACAUAAAUUUGCAUCUAGAAUAGGUCAUGGUGAUAAAAAUCAUGCAGAUGCUGACCGAUCUCCUAUUUUUCUCCAGUUUAUUGAUUGUGUAUGGCAAAUGUCAAAACAGUUCCCUACAGCUUUUGAAUUCAAUGAACGAUUUUUGAUGACAAUUUUGGAUCAUCUGUAUAGUUGCCGGUUUGGUACUUUCUUAUACAACUGUGAAUCCGCUAGAGAAAGACAGAAAGUUACAGAAAGAACCGCUUCUUUGUGGUCGCUGAUAAACAGUAAUAAAGACACAUUCAAAAAUCCCUUCUAUACUAAAGAAAUCAAUCGAGUUUUAUAUCCAGUUGCCAGUAUGCGUCAUUUGGAACUUUGGGUGAAUUACUACAUUAGAUGGAACCCCAGAAUCAAACAACAGCAGCCAAAUCCAGUGGAGCAGCGUUACAUGGAGCUCCUGGCAUUGCGCGACGAAUACAUAAAGCGGCUGGAGGAGUUGCAGCUCGCCAACUCUGCCAAGCUUUCUGACCCCUCGACUUCCCCUUCCAGCCCUUCACAGAUGCUGCCCCACGUGCAAACGCACUUCUAA